CGCAGCGCCCAUGCAGUGCGCCGCUCACGGGGCGCUCGCGGGGACGCCUCGGAGGGGCCGCCCGGGCCUGCAGGCUGCGAGGGCCUGGCGGUGCGCGCCCGUGGCCGCCGCGCCCCUGCCGCGCGGGCUGUGCGCGGCGGCGGCGCCGGGCCCCGUGCGGCCCGCCGGUUGGAGCCGGUCGGAGGCGCUGGAGCUGCUGCGGCAGGCGGCAGGGGGCAGCCUGGAGACCCACGCGUGCGCGAACGUCUGCUCGUGGGGCCCGCGUGCGCCGCGGAGGACUGGGGCCGGCGGCGGAGGAGGAUUCCGAGGGCGGCGCGGCGGUCGAGUGCGGGGUGUCCGAGGGCCUGCUCACGGCGGAGGUCUGCCAGCAGGUGGGCGCGCGCGACUUCGUCCUCCUGUCCACGCUGGCAGGCAGGCUGGCGUCGCAGCUGCCCGCGGCGGCUCCCGAGGUGAUCCUCCGCGUCUGCGGCGCCUACGCGGGGCUGGCGGCGCUCAACGCGCCGCUGUUCAACGCCGCCGCAGAGGCGCUGCUGGCAUGCUGGCCGGCCGCUGGGCCCGGCCGGGGGCCGACGGCGGCGCAGGCGGCCGCUGCUGCGCGCGCGUUCGCGGCGCAGCGGGUGCGGCACGAGCGGCUGUUUCAGCGGCUGGGCGAGCUGUUCCGGGAGCGCGGCGCCUCGGAGGCGACGCCGGGCGAGGCGCUGAGCUUGCUGCGCUCGCACGCGCUGCUGCGCCUGGGGGAGCAGCUGCACGACGGACCCGACUCUGGGAGUCCCUCGAGGCGCAGGCGCUUAGCCCGGGCCUCCAGGAACUCGGGCCCGGCCCGAUCUCCGAGCUGUGCCACGCGCUGCUCGUGGCUGGGCGCGCCGACGCGAGGCUGCAGGACAUGCAGCGGAUGCUGGAGGCGAUCGCCGCGCCCGUGCUGUCCGCGGAGGACGGGUUCCUGGCCCCUGGGGGCUCCUGCGGGCCCGUGCUGCACCGCAGGCUGCUGCUGCUGA